CAUAGAUAUCCGGUAAAUGUUGACGGCUAGAAAGUAAGUGAUGUGGUUAAAUGGGGCAAAACUUGCCAAUGGUUUAUGACUGUAAAAUAACGUUACACACAGUGAUUCGUUUAGGCUUGAUUCAAACGAGGAAUUCGAAAUUAAGCACGUGAACGUUGAUACAAAGUAGAAGACAUUAAUGUUCCUCUGAAUAAGCUACCAGCCUGUAACGUAACAGGAUAGCUUCAAGCUUGUUUUGCUAGCUUAGAUUGCUAGACGGAGUGGCGAAAAAUUCGUCUAGAUGGCGCAACAGCUAUAAUAAAGAACCUGAUCGGCAGCCAUUUCGGUUGAAAAAGCAGCGUACUUAAGAACCCCGACGCCAUGUUUUGCUAUCGUGACUAACGGUAGGAUUAGUCCGUUACCAUUUCCUUUCGUAGCCUGUACUGUAGGCUACAAUCCUGUGUUUAUUCAACGUCAUUAACUUGGCUGGUUUGGAAUAUUGGCUUGCAAUGGCACACCACGGUACUGGUCACAGUGGGACAGGUGUGUUUUACCAAGCAAUGCCUGCAGUGGGAGCCGAUGGAAGAAAUGUCAUGCAGCUGAUUCCUGUCCAAAAGAUCAACGGACAGUUUGUUCCAUCGCAAACAAGCCUUCCCGCAGUGCAGACGGUUGAACCGCAGAGAGCGGUUGUCAUGAACUUUGCCUCUGCACCCAUAGUUAGAAAUAUGUCAACUAUUCAACCCUCAAAUAACGGAGUGAAGAAGCAACAAUUUAACAUUCCUGGCACUCCAAAUCCAGGGCAAGGACUAGGAAGAGGCCAUAGAGUAGAUGUUUCACAACAGAAUUCUUUAAAACAGAGUCAUGCCUCACUGAAACCUUCAAGUGCACCUCAGGUAGUUUCGCCUGUGACACAUUCACCAAAGAGUGGGACGGCAUUAUCACUCAUGAAUACAAACAAGAUGCCAGUAACUGUUAAAUCCCCUGUGCUCCCCAAUGGACAAUACCUGCAGAUACCCCCCAAUGCGAAAGUUAAAACCCUACCUAUGUCUGCACUCCCUCCAGGAAUUAAGAAGCAGCUUUUUACCUCGGCAGCGAAUUCUCCCACAGUUCUCUAUGUCUCGCCUGUGACAACCAUGAACCAAGGUAGUUUGCAGCCCUGUCAAACUGUAGCUUCCUCCCCCAGUACUCCACAGAAGACUUCUGAACAGACACCCUCUGUAUCCUCAUCAAUGCCCUCAAAACGGUUGCCAAGGACUGUUGCCAAGGACGGCUCAAAGCCAGUUACUCCUAUCAGGUGGAUAAUUGAAGAGCAGGAUGGCUCACCUGCUCCCUGCCUUGUUCCUGUAAAUCCCUCCGUUAUGGCCUCUGAAAUCCUGAAGACUGUGGCAGAAAGGGAAAAAACCAGCAAGGUACAAGAAGUUACAGCAGAAAAUCCAUUGACUCUGAAAACUCAGGCAAAAGCAGGUGAAGUGAGAGACAAUGCCUUGGUGAUGUGUAAUGGGAAGGUGUAUUUUGUGGCCAAGAAAACCCCUGAACUUUGUAAGCUGAUGGCGAAACCAUUGGGGGCCAUUGGAAGCCUUUCUGAAAAAGCAAUAGGUAGAGGCAGAAGCAGUCAGGGUAGAAGUUUCUUACCAUCCCUGCUAUUAAACCCUUCCAUUGAAUCUCAAGCGUCAGAUAAAAACAAAUCGCAUUCCAACUCCAUUGUUAUCCCAGAUGGACCAGAUGAGGUUAUUGACCUGUGUGAUGAUGACUCUCAGGAUGACCCGACCCUCCAGGCAGAACCAACUGCUAAACUAACUGAGACAGACAAAAGUCGGCCAGUGACACAUGAGGAUGAAGACUCCAAUGUAAUAUUUGUCUCAUACAUCCCGCCCAAACCCGUCUUUAGAUUCAGAUUACACCAAAUGAAAAGAGACCCGGGGAAUAAGUUAAAGGCUGGGCUGGAAUCUGUCACGAGUCAAAAUACUGUGGGUGAACAGAAUGUGAUUGAUACUCAGAGCAGUGUUAAUGUCUGGUCAGAAGGAAGUUGUACAGACAUUGACAUGACCCAAGAUGUGCCAAUCUCUACAGUUCAUGCAACUGACCAAGAGUUGAACACCAGUCUUGACAAUAUCGUUGGUCAGAGAAUGAACACCUGUCGGGGUACUUUGUCUAGCAUGGAAGUGAAGGAUUCCUUGGCAACUGACCAGGCAGUAAAGGUUUUGGCUGAUCCAUCUGUCAAGGAAACAGUGACUUCACAGCAUGUUGACAUCACCCCUAAAAUAGCAGAGAACAGAGCUGUUCCAAGUGAUCAACAAGAAGCAAGGAAUGAGCAGCCAGCCAUCACCUCCAUUACUGACCAGGCAGUAAAGGUUUUGGCUGAUCCAUCUGUAAAGGAAACAGUGACAUUACAGGACGUUGACAUCACCCCUGAAAUGGAAAAGAACAGGGCUGUUCCAAGUGAUCAUCAAGAAGCAAGGAAUGAGCAGCCAGCCAUCACCUCCAUUACUGACCAGGCAGUAAAGCUUUUGGCUGAUCCAUCUGUCAAGGAAACCGUGACAUCACAGGAUGUUGACAUUACCCCUGAAAUGGAAGAGAACAGGGCUGUUCCAAGUGAUCAACAACAAGCAAGGAAUAAGCAGCCAUCUGUCACCUCCAUUACUGACCAGGCAGUAAAGGUUUUGGCUGAUCCAUCUGUCAAGGUAACAGUGACAUCACAGGAUGUUGACAUCACCCCUGAAAUGGCAGAGAACAGGGCUGUUCUAAGUGAUCAACAAAAAGCAAGAAAUAAGCAGCCGGCUGUCGCCUCCAUUACUGACCAGGCAGUAAAGGUUUUGGCUGAUCCAUCUGUCAAGGUAACCGUGACAUCACAGGAUGUUGACAUCACCCCUGAAAUGGCAGAGAACAGGGCUGUUCUAAGUGAUCAACAAGAAGCAAGAAAUAAGCAGCCGGCUGUCGCCUCCAUUACUGACCAGGCAGUAAAGGUUUUGGCUGAUCCAUCUGUCAAGGAAACAGUGACAUCACAGGAUGUUGACAUCACCCUUGAAAUGGCAGAGAACAUGACUGUUCCAAGCGAUCAACAAAAAACAAUGAAUGAGCAGCCAGAUGUAACCUCCAAAGACAUGGAUAGCGCAAACAGCAAUGCUUCUAUACAAGCAGAAAAGGAUACCAAUCAAAAUCAGAGCGGUCUUAAACGGAUGUUUGGGAUUACAUCCGAUGUUAAAAUUAUCUUAAAAAGGAUUGACGAUGUACAACCUGAGAUUCCUCCAAAAGUGCUUCCUCAGAUUGGACCCAUAUCAAAAAGUGCAUUGGAGGGUAUCCGUAAAUUGAUUCAAGGUUCGCAGAUUAACUUAAACAAGAGGAAACAUGACAAAACACAGGGGUGUCCUCAAGAGAGCAGUGACGAAUGCCCAAAGGAUAGCAAAAUGCAAAAAACUGAAAAUGCUCAAAUAGCAUCUCCUGAUUCAGACAAUACUAAAGAGGCUCUAAUAAGUUCAAGUCCUAUACCUAAUGCAUGUGUUGUCAAUGUAUCAGAAGGUUCAGAACAAAAAUCUCCAUGUGAAGACAUCGCCAUGGCAUCUGUGGAGCCUCAGUGUCUCUCGACCGUGAGGGAGACGUGCCAAAGUUCGUCUAGAGAGAUCUCUGCCGUCGACCUCUACUCUACAACACCCAUGGACCCUGAUGAAAUCAAGCGUCAUGAGAAAAUCCGACGCUUGAAAGAGCUUCUGAGGGAAAAAGAGGCUGCUCUCGAGAUGUUGAGAAAGAACAUCGACUGAGUUCUCCAAGUGCUUUGAUUUGUGUCAAUAUUUCAUAUAUUUAUGUACAGUCAUUUAUAACAGUUUUAGAUGUACCUCAUUUUUAUUAGACACUAGAUUGCAGUUGUCUGUUAUUUCACGACUGUUACUCCGCUUGACUUUUUCCACACUGGAUUGUAGCAUAUAUUUUUAGGUUCGAUUUAAACUGUUCAUUUAAACAGUUUGCUCCUGUUUUAUAUUAUUUUCAUUUGUUCAUUUGUAGUUGGUAUGGUAGUACAACCCAUGAACACUGAAUAUUGACACCUUUUAUGAUGUUUAUAUAUGAUGGGAAUUAUUUAUAUUAUCAUUAUUUACAUGGCUAAUAAACCAGUAAAUUGA